CUAAAUAAGAUGCCAAACUGGAUUCUGCCAAAAUGGCCGAACAUAGUUCGCGUACUGUAAUGUAAAUUUAUUAUUGAAUUUGAAAAAGUCACUCAAGAUUCUGUUUACUGAACAAGCAGACUACAUAUACUCUAUGUGAAUGAAGUAGUUUUAUAGAAACAAAAUAUUAUAUUAUAAACAGAAUAUCCUAACAAUGAGCGAGAUUACUAAUAAUGAAGCACUUGCUGACUCUGAGAAGCCGGUUCAAGUAACUGGAAAUGGUCAAUUCCCGCCUUUCCCCGCACCAACUGAUGAAGACUUUGAAGAGGAUAUUCCUAAAGAUGAAAGGACAUAUUAUACUACAAAAUUUAAAGAUCUUAAUAAUGUGACAAAUAUGAAAGUGCAUUGUACUUCAUGUGAUCGGCAUCUAGGACUUACACCAAAAAAUGGUCAUCGAAUGCGAACUCACCCUUUGUUACGUACCUUAGUCUGCCAGUCCUGCCAUUCUUUUUACAACAGUGGAGAAUUUGAAAAAGGAGAUGAUGGCUCUGAGUUAUAUUGCAGAUGGUGCGGCCAAGGUGGACAAGUGUACUGUUGUUCAGAAUGUCCUCAUGUGUUUUGUGCUAAAUGUAUAAAAAGAAAUUUGGGACCUACUAAAAUAAAGGAGAUUGAAGCACUAGAUGACUGGAGGUGUUUUAAGUGUAAUAACUCAUGCAUAAAAGAUUUGAGAGCUAUAUGUUGGGCAGCACUUCGAUAUUGUGACAUGAAAACUAGAAUUGCAAAUGAAAUUGAGGAUAGUGCACAAAGAGAGGCAUGCCUUCAAGACUGUGCUCAGGACCACUCUGAAUGUUGUAGAGGCAAGACAAGAAAACGGGAAAAAGUUGAUGUGAAGAAAAAAGAAUGUGAAACUAAAAAAAACCCAGCUGCAUCUGCAUCUUCUGUUAUUUCUAAAAUACCACCUACAAUACAGGUAAAGAAAUUUGCAUCAAUAAAUAUGGAAGAAGUGAAUAAAUCGGAAACAAAAAAAGCGACAAAGAGAGCUGCUAGUCCAAAGCAUAAACCAUAUAUUUUGAAAAAUCCAAUAACUGUAGCCACAAAAGCUGUCAACACUUUUAACGUUUCACCUAUGACAAAGAAGAUGAGAAUAUGUAUGCCCCAAGCCCAAGUUAUGAAUCCAAUUCGAAUAAUGCAUGAUAGGAAACAAAUAAACACACCUAAUAGUUUCAUCAAAAUAAGACCAAAAUCACAGAUGAUGUAUAAUGGCAUGAAUGUCGGUAAUUCUUUUAACAAUAUAAUCACGAAUGACAAUAUCAAUUUAUCAAUAGAAAGUCUUACACAGGGUCUUGAUAUGGCAGCAAUGUCUAAUAUGGCUGGUGGAUCUCAAGAUGAUGAACUGGUCUGCACCCCUGACUUUCCUAUAGAAUCUUUGUGUGAGGUCACUGAAGAUAACACAGAUGAUGACGUUCAGUGCAUAACGCCAGUGCCAGCUGUCGCGCCCAAAGGUCCCCCGCCUCUAGUACCAUGUACAUCUAAAGAUGUAUCUGAUAAUAUCAUACAGAUGACUGAAAAUGAUGUAACAGUAAAUGCAGUGACAGGUGGCCUCAAAUUCCGUGUGGAUCCUCAAACAUUGUCAGCUAAUAAAAUGUAUCGUUUGCCAGAUGGACGAAUUUUUGCCAUAAAUGCCAAUCCCAAUAUGCCUGGUGGCUAUUCAGCUACAAUAGUAGCAGUAACUGAAAGUCAUACAACGAAAGCUGCAGGAACUACUUACGCAGCUAAAAUAAAUCAUGUCACGAAUCGUCAAACUGUUUCUACUCCGACGCCUAGAUCGCAAAAUAAUAGCCGUAACCCAUCAGCAACUAGAAUUUACCAACGACAAAGAAAGAGCACAAAACGCUCAGUAGACACUCCAACAAGAGAAACAGAUUUACAAGUACCUGUUGAAUGGUACAGAUAUAAUUUAAUAGACGCUAUCGAUGCUCUAGAAUAUUCUUUAUCAAGACUGCAUAAAUUAAAAAAGGAGGCGACUACUUCGUAUUUACGAACUAGAACUGUGCCAGAAAUGCGAACUUUACACAGAAGCCUAGAAAAUCUAUUAAAUACGUCAACACAACGGUUUAAGGAAAUAAGGGAAAAUAUAAACAAAGAAUUAAAACAGUACAUCACAAGGAAAAAUACAACAAUGCAGACUAAUAGUGAAGACGAUGACGAUGUUGAAAUUCUUCCGGAUAUGGAGGAUGAUCCUAUAUUUAUUGAUGAAAACUCCUUAGAUUCAAGCGCAAAUGAAACUCAAGAAGUCGAUUUAACAGGUGCUGGCAGCAGUGAACACAACGACAGUGAGGACAAAAUAUUAAAAGAACGCUUAAAUCAAUCUUUUGACCCUGACGAUAAUAAUCUACACAUCGAGAGUUCUGCAGAUCAGGAUAAAUCUACUUCAAAAGACACUUCUAUGCAUAAAGAACAUGAAAUGAAUGGUGAAGACAUUGAGACACCUAAAUCUAUGAUUGAGGAUAAGUUUAAGUCUAGCAAAGACACUACUGAGGCAGCCCAGCCUAAAGAAAAAGAUAACUGUGCGACGCAACAAGAUUCCAUUAACAAGGAUAAUAAUAAAAUAAAUGAUGAUGAAAGUUGUAAAAUGGAUCUCAUUUCAGAAUCUGAACUAAAUUCCAGUAAAGAUGAUAAAACUCAAAUAGAAAAUGGAGAUCAUAUGGACAGUGAAGGAAAAAGCCAAGACAUUGAUAUAAGCGAUGAGAUGAUUGAUGACUUACUAAAAGGUGAUUCACAAGAAAAUACAGAUGCAAAUGAAAUAAAUUCUUUAGAAAUUUCCGAUGAAAUUAAGGAUCAAUAAUGCACAAACCUUAUUACCAACCUUUAAAACUGUUAAAUAUACCUCAGGUUUUGCAACUUCAAACCAGUACAUUAAAGUACAGAUUGUAUAUAAUAAGUUAUAAUUAAAACUAUUAUGUAAUAAGGUAUAAUGCAAAUCAAACACAAGAAGUUGCAUUAUUGUAAGCAAAUAGUCUUUUGUUUUUUUUUUUCUUACAAAGUAUAUAGCUAAAUUAUUUCUUACAUUUAUUUUUUAUAUCUGAACAAGUUUCGUAAACGUUAAACGAUUUAGAUAAACAAUAGGUUGUUUGACUCCAAAUUUUAAUAGAGAUUCCAAAUUUGAUGUACAGUAAUAAAAAUUAUAUCCAAUAGUGAAAUAUGAAGUUACAGGUAUUACAAUUUAAUUUUAGAGUGGGGGAGUUCUCUAUUUCUUUCUUGCGAAGCAAAUGUGUGUUUCAUAUUAAUUUCGUACUAUGGCGUAAUUUUCUUGUCUCUUUACUCCACAUGGUAGUAAAGCGAUCUCUGGCUAGUGAGAGAUAUACCCUUAUUUUUUGCUGUUAUUACACCUGUCAAUGUAAUAACUUAUUUCAUAAUUUUAUUUGAAAUUGAAUCUAGCUUUAAAAUCGAAUUUUAAAAAUUUCAUAUAAGUCAAGUACCAAAUCGUUUUAACUGAUUUGGACUUUGGGAAAUUGGUUUGAGAAUUUAAAUAAAUACAUAUUUAUUCUGUCAUUAAUGGCUGCAUUAAAGGAAUCUGUCGAUAGCAUAUUGCAUAGAGAAUAUUCCCGUGACAUAUUUCAAUAUUAGACAAUGUGUUGAUAUAAUAAAAUAAUUAUAUCAACUAGCAAUUUAAUAAUAACUAUAAAAACCAUGUUUGUAUAAAGAAGUUACUUUGAGAAUAAUAACUAACUUGUCCUAUUUUAAUAAAGCAAUUAUAAUAUAUUCUGUUUAAUAGUAUUUAAAGUUUUAUUUUAAAAUUAGUACUGUACUUUUUUGACGAAAAAAUCUCCACUUUGUCAUAUGAGAAUUGUGUAAAUUAUAGGAUUAUAUUUGUAAAUAAAAAUUACUUAUGUAUGAUAUUAGAUUCUAGUUUUAGGAUAAAUAUUUGGUUUCAUACUAUUGCUUGUGAUAGUAGGUAAAACAAGAAAACAAACUGAGGUUUGUUAUAACUAUUUUAUCUUUUGUAUGUUGAGGUAUCAGAUAAAAAAAUACAUUUAUCGGAAAUUUUUCUGUUUCAUUGCCCACUAAAGAAAAGGUUAGCAUAUUAUGUCCCUCAACUUAAAACAAUGAAAACAUAAAUAAUGCAGCAUGUGCAAUUAGUCCCAUGACCUUGACGGAGCAUAUAUUAUAUUUCAAUAACAUUUUGUUACAUUAUAAUAUGAUAUUUAUUUACAGGGAUUGCAUUCAAAAUUCAAACAAUAUUUUGUACGAUUAGUUGUACUCUAUAAAGUAUAUGCAAUACACCAACCGUACAAGAAAUGACAUUUUUUUUUUUCAUUUGACUACCCGUGUGUUUAUAGGCCAAAAUAAAAGUUGUACGUCAUACAAAUAAUAUGUGUAUUUUCUGUUACUAUUAAUCUUGUCAUUAUUUAAGAAAUACGAAUAAAUGUAUUUCUGUUGUGAUUGUUGGUACGCAUUUUGUUUAUUUAGUAUGUAUAGUUUAUUUUAAGAGGUAUCAUAUAUAAUG